AUGAGUUUGAGAGAGAAGGAGGAAUGCAAGAGAGGAGAAGGGGAAAGGAGGAUGAGUUCGAGAAAAGGAGAAAGAGGAAUGCGAGAGAGCAGAAGGGGAAAGGAGGAUGAGUUCGAGAUAAGGAGGAAGAGGAAUGCGAGAGAGGAGAAAGGGAAGGAGGAUGGGGAAUGCGAGAGAGGAGAAGGGGAAAGGAGGAUGAGUUCGAGAGAAGGAGGAAGAGGAAUGCGAGAGAGGAGAAGGGGAAAGGAGGAUGAGUUCGAGAGAAGGAGGAAGAGGAAUGCGAGAGAGAAGGGGAAAGGAGAGGGAGUUCGAGAGAGGAGACGGGGAAGGAGGAUGAGUUUGAGAGAGGAGAAGGAGGAAUGCAAGAGAGGAGAAAGGGAAGGAGGAUUAGUUCGAUAG